GGUGAAACAAAAAAAAAGGACAUGGAUAUCGUGAAGCACACAAUACACGAGGGGGAAAACCUCGAAGAUAAAAAAACUGGAAAAACAAACAAUACAAGGGUAGCACUACGAUAGGAAGACACACGGGGCAACCCAACUCAGACGGAAAACCCAUAACCCACCGACCCAAUUUGAUAAAACCGGAGCCUCCAUGGAUAAAGGCAGCAAAAACAAUCAUUAGCAGAGAGGUGACAUGCGCAAGUAAAGAAAACUCGAACUCGCCAUAGAAAUGCACAAAAACCACACGUUUUAUUAUACAUAUACGCCCGCUUGUCUACUAUUUUUCCCUAUGAAGCUGAAACCGUAACCAAUACAGGGUUUUCUCUGUGUGUAUCUGUCUCUCCAACAAACAAUUUUCUUGAGAUCUCUCACCAUCUUUUAGAUAGGAAAAACAAUGUCUGAAACACUAAAGAACACAUUGAAACCCACAGAUUACAGUCUUGCAGAGAAGAAUCAUAAAGCACUUCAGUUCAUAGAAGAUGUCACUUCAAACGCUGAUGAAAUGCAGAGGAAGGUUCUUGAAGAGAUACUCGCUCGCAAUGCUCAUGUUGAGUACCUGCAGAGACGUGGCCUUAAUGGUUUCACAGACCGUGAGACUUUCAAGAAGGUCAUUCCUAUGAUCACCUAUGAAGAUAUACAACAUGACAUCGACCGUAUCGCAAAUGGAGAUACCUCACCAAUUCUCUGCUCAAAGCCAAUUUCAGAGUUAUUGACAAGCUCUGGGACUUCAGGUGGUGUGAGAAAGUUGCUACCACUGAUUGAAGAACAGCUGGAGUGGAAUGACCAGAUACACAGCUUAAGAAUGCCUGUGAUAAGCCAGUUUGUGCCUGGUCUUGAGAAAGGCAAAGGAAUGUACUUUUUCUUCAUAAGAUCAGAGGUAGAGACACCUGGUGGGCUUGUGGCUCAGCCGCUUGUCACUAGGUACUACAAAAGUUCACAGUUUAAGGAUAGGCCUUAUGACCCUUACACAAACUACACUAGCCCGAAUGAAACCAUUCUCUGCCCUGACUCUUACCAGAGCAUGUACUCACAAAUGCUUUGUGGACUCUGCCAACAUAAGGAAGUCCUUAGAGUUGGUGCUGCUUUCGCCUCCGGAUUGACUAUGGCAAUCCGAUUUCUUGAAAAACAUUGGCCCCUCCUUUGCAAUGAUAUCAGAACUGGCACAAUUAACACCCAAAUUACCGAUCCAUCAGUCCGGGAGGCAGUGAUGAAAAUCCUCAAACCUGACCCUAAACUUGCCGAUUUUGUUGAGGCUGAGUGUGGUAAAGAUUCUUGGAAAGGGAUUAUCACAAAAUUGUGGCCUAAUACUAAAUAUAUUGAUGGCAUAGUGACUGGCACUAUGUCACAGUACAUCCCAACACUUGAUUACUACAGCAAUGGCCUUCCACUAGUGUGCACCAUGUAUGCUUCAUCUGAGUGCUAUUUUGGAGUCAACCUUAAUCCUCUCUGUGACCCAAGUGAAGUCUCUUACACCAUCAUACCCACCACGGCCUAUUUUGAGUUCUUGCCAGUCGAUAGAAGCAAUGGUGUCAGUGUCACUAAUUCAAUUUCCAUGCCCAAAACUCUCAAUGAGAAGGAGCAACGAGAGCUUGUUGAUCUGGUUGAUGUCAAGCUUGGACAGGAGUAUGAAGUUGUUGUCACCACUUAUGCUGGGCUGUAUCGCUACAAAGUUGGUGAUGUCCUAAGAGUGGUUGGAUUCAAGAACACGGCACCACAAUUCAACUUCAUAUGUAGGAAGAAUGUGGUUCUUAGUAUUGAUUCAGACAAGACUGAUGAAGUUGAGCUGCAAAAUGCGGUCAAUAAUGCAGUAAAGCAUUUGGUGCCAUUUAAUGCGACUCUAGUUGAGUACACUAGCUAUGCAGAUAUCACUACAAUCCCAGGCCACUAUGUACUAUUUUGGGAACUUAGUCUUAGUGGAUCAACCCCAAUUCCGACCUUGGUGUUUGAGGACUGCUGUUUGACCAUUGAGGAGUCACUCAACGAUAUUUAUCGUGAACUCCGUGUAUGGGAUAAGUCGAUUGGGCCACUAGAGAUCAAGAUUGUUAAGCAGGGGACUUUUGAUGAGCUCAUGGAAUAUGCCAUUAGCUUAGGGGCAUCAAUAAACCAGUACAAGACACCACGAUGUGUCAAAUCUGCACCCAUGGUGGAGCUCUUGAACUCAAUGGCUGUGUCAAGUUACUUUAGUCACUUUAGUCCUAAAUGUCCCAAUUGGGUUCCAGACCUAAAGCAAUGUAGCAACAGGAAGCAAUAGGUCUCCUACUUCGUAGGUUCACAAAAGGUGCCAAAUUUUUUUUGCUGUUUGAAAGAGGAGGCAGAGGAGAUCAUCACUUCUCCUCCUUCACCUCAUAAGUUUUUUAUUGUCUACUUUCUAAGUAUUUUACUGAAUAAAAGUUUUUAUGGCUUAUUUGAA